UCCGCGGGAAACCAAAAUGGCGAAGGGUUGUAGCGAAGUGGGUUGUUUUUGAGGCCGGUGUAAGAACGCUCACUGUACCCCCCCCCCAACCUUCGUCCCCAGGACCUCGGUUUGUGCGUGUGUAUGUGCGGGGUACCCGGUGGGGCGGGUGCCCGGUAAGUGCUCGGACUCGCAGGGGAAGCGCCCACGGGGUCGUGAUUGGUUGUUUUUUCCUGUAUGAAGCGGUUGGCACCACUGAAGUGACCGAAUGAGAGACUCUACAGGGGCAGGUAAUUCACUGGUCCACAAGCGGUCUCCUUUACGUCGAAACCAAAAGACCCCAACAUCCUUGACCAAGCUGUCUUUACAGGAUGGACAUAAAGUCAAAAAGCCAGCAUGUAAAUUUGAAGAGGGUCAGGAUGUCCUAGCUAGAUGGUCAGAUGGCUUGUUUUAUCUUGGAACUAUCAAAAAGAUAAACAUAUUGAAACAGAGCUGCUUCAUCAUAUUUGAAGACAGUUCUAAAUCCUGGGUUCUCUGGAAGGACAUUCAAACAGGAGCCACUGGAAGUGGGGAAAUGGUCUGUACAAUAUGUCAAGAAGAGUAUUCAGAAGCUCCCAAUGAAAUGGUUAUAUGUGAUAAGUGUGGCCAAGGAUAUCAUCAGUUGUGUCACACACCUCAUAUUGAUUCCAGUGUGAUUGAUUCAGAUGAAAAAUGGCUCUGUCGACAGUGUGUUUUUGCAACAACAACAAAGAGGGGUGGUGCGCUUAAGAAAGGACCAAAUGCCAAAGCAUUGCAAGUCAUGAAGCAAACAUUACCCUAUAGUGUGGCAGACCUUGAAUGGGAUGCAGGUCAUAAAACCAAUGUCCAGCAAUGUUACUGCUAUUGUGGAGGCCCUGGAGACUGGUAUUUAAAGAUGCUACAGUGCUGCAAAUGUAAACAGUGGUUUCAUGAAGCUUGUGUGCAAUGCCUUCAAAAGCCAAUGCUAUUUGGAGACAGGUUUUAUACAUUUAUUUGCUCUGUCUGCAGUUCUGGACCAGAAUACCUCAAACGUCUACCAUUACAAUGGGUAGAUAUAGCACACCUAUGCCUUUACAACCUAAGUGUUAUUCACAAGAAGAAAUACUUUGAUUCUGAACUUGAGCUUAUGACAUACAUUAAUGAAAACUGGGAUAGAUUGCACCCUGGAGAGCUGGCAGACACACCAAAAUCUGAAAGAUAUGAGCAUGUUCUGGAGGCAUUAAAUGAUUACAAGACCAUGUUUAUGUCUGGGAAAGAAAUAAAGAAGAAGAAGCAUUUGUUUGGGUUGCGAAUUCGUGUUCCUCCUGUGCCACCAAAUGUGGCUUUCAAAGCAGAGAAAGAACCUGAAGGAACUUCCCAUGAAUUUAAAAUUAAAGGCAGAAAGGCAUCCAAACCUAUAUCUGAUUCAAGGGAAGUAAGCAAUGGCAUAGAAAAAAAAGGAAAGAAAAAGUCUGUAGGUCGUCCACCUGGCCCAUAUACUAGAAAAAUGAUUCAGAAGACUGCUGAGCCACCUUUGGAUAAGGAAUCAAUUUCAGAGAAUCCUACUUUGGAUUUACCUUGUUCUAUAGGGAGAACUGAGGGAACUGCACAUUCAUCCAAUACCUCAGAUGUGGAUUUCACGGGUGCUUCCAGUGCAAAAGAAACUACCUCGUCUAGUAUUUCCAGGCAUUAUGGAUUAUCUGACUCCAGAAAAAGAACUCGUACAGGAAGAUCUUGGCCUGCUGCAAUACCACAUUUACGGAGGAGAAGGGGUCGUCUUCCAAGAAGAGCACUCCAGACUCAGAACUCAGAAAUUGUAAAGGAUGAUGAAGUAUCUUCAAGGAAUGUGAUUUCUCGUUCAAGAAAGUUUUCCACUGGAUUUAAGCAAGCAAACAAAUGAAUAAAACCAUCAUAGAUGACAAAAGGUACUUACUGCAUAAAGUAAAACUAUAUCCUGUUUAAAAUCAUAAGUUUAAUUUCUGUUCCUUGUAUUUACCGAAAGGUUUUGAUCCUUUUUCUUCCCCCUACCCUAUAACAUGCUUUCCCAGUGGGGGGAAUAUGGGCACAAAUUGGUUUAUGGCGUGGGGAGGGUGGGCCAAAAAAGUCUGAGAUAAUGGUUUGGGCCCUCCAGAGCUCACUCAACUCUACCUGCCAAAAAUCUUAUUCCUUAGUAUUGAAUUACUUUCGUUGAGUUUUCUUGAAUAUCACAAGAGCAGCACUGACAUUGAGUUAAUAGAACAUACACAAAAUAAUUUUAAGAUCAGUGCUGUGAAACCAUGGCAAAUGUAUAGCUAUGAUCUGGAGGACUUUGAUUGUUCAGUCUUGAACUCACAUUGUGAGAGGUGGGUCUGCACAUGUGUAUUGGCUUCUACUAACUCCCUUGUGAUGUCAUUUAUGUUUGAUCCUAAGUGCUUUUGUGUGUGACCUGAGCUUGGAGAAUUAAAUAAAGCUAGUUUAUAUUUUGUUAUCUAGUUUUCAAGGUUAUUUAACCCAUCAUUAACUGUGUUAGGUACUGAAAAGAAAAAAAUGUUGACGAUAUCUGAAUGAAUAUCUAGCAGCUAGUUAAAAGUAAUUUUUUUCUAUUAAGCAGAGGUUCAAAGUUA